AUGGAUUUCGUAGUCCAAAAAGAAAGCCGGCAGCUCAUGGAGGAGCUCAGAGCAGCUCUGGCCGAUCGUGCUACUGAGUUCGCCGCACGGGAACGUCAUGCUCUUGCCGCUUUCUACGGUGUUUCAGACGAGGAGCUGGAACGUAUUGAAAAGGAGCACGAAAGAAGUGAAACUGCAGCUCAACAACAGGAGUUCUCAUCGGAUGACGUCCAUGAUUCGGAAAAUGAGGAUGAUGGUGAAACCGCUGAAGAAGUACUGCCGAGACAGGCACGCACACUCCCGUCUGAUCUCCUGGCUGCUCUUCGACAUCGAGCAGUAGCAGAAGAAACUAUUGGCGAUGACUGA